AUGCUAAUGAGAUGUUGUGCCUCCCCCGGCCCGGGACCCCUCAGACCCUGCGCCCCUCCCCACCCCCCAACGCAUCCCGGGGUCCUCCCGCCCAGCAGGGGGCGCUGCCCGCCCUGCCCGCCCCCAGCGCGCGGCUCCUGGCACGGAACCUGUGGCCCCGCCCCCCAGGGGGGUCUGGGGGAGGAGCAGGAGGGGGAGGGCGACGCCUCCUUCGGGGUCCUGCUGGGGCUGAGCCUCCCCUCGGCCUCCGGGGUGCUCUGGGGGUGCAGUCGCUGUGCUGAGCUCAGGGACGUCGCUCGCUCGGUCCCCGCCGGGACCCUCGGGGCGGCCACGGCCACGGCCCUGGGAUACCUGAGCGCGGCGCUGCUUUUGGGGGCCGGAGUGGAGGGGCAGCUGCUGAGGGACAAGUUCGGGGUGUCCCUGGGGGGGUCCCCCGUUCUGGGGGCAGCCGCCUGGCCCUGGCCCUGGGUGCCGGUGCUGGGGGCGCUGCUGUCGGCGGGGGGGGCGGGGCUGCAGGCCCUGCUGGGGGGGUCCCGCCUGCUGCGGGGGCUGGCCCGGACACAGGCCCUGCCCCUCCCCCACGCCCUGGCCCGGGGUCGGCUCUGGCCCUUGGUGGCCACGGCGGCCACGGCCACGCUGGGGGUCCUGGUGGGGUCCCUGGACCUGCUGGCGCCCGUGUUGUCCGU